AUGUGUGCCUACUGCGACUUGGCUCACCUCAACGGCACCGAGUGGGUCUCCCCCGAGUUCUUCCUUCUCCUCGCCCGAGCUGCCUUUAUCCACCCCUCUGUCGGCUAUCUCUGCAUCGACACGCCUGAGCUCGGCCGGCCCUGCUUCGGCACAAAGGAGAUAAUUCAAAGCCUGGGGGGACUGCUGACCCUGGCCAUGGGUCAGCUUCCCUCGCGUACCACAACUGUCAGGCUACACAUGCCCUCCCGCCCUGACCAAAUCCGCUCCCUCGUCCACGCGUGGGCUGACAAGGACGUGGUGAUCUACUCAAAGAACACGUUUGACCGCUUUGACAGGGCAACAGAUAACAUUGCGCAUGAAGUCAUGCCGUAUGCGAAGCAGUGGCACGCUGUGGCUGACAGGAUCGUUGCCGGGCUUCCGAAGCCCUUCAUUGCCAUUCAUUUCCGAUCCGAAUUCAUCGCGUAUAACCUGGCAGAGGAGAAGAAGGCUGAGUUGUCAGCUGCAGAUAAGCUAAAGAUAUUGAAAAAGCGCAUGGAGCGGUGCACGAGAGAAGCUGCACGGCUGAUAAACCGUGUAAAGGCGAAACGUAAUGCCGGUACUGUUUUUAUCGCCGCUGACAUUCCGUACAACAAAUCGGGAGCAACACCCCGCUCUGAGUCCUGGGGGGCAAUGGCUUGGGCCUAUGGGAAUGGCUCGCUCACUGAGGUGCCUCAUUAUUGGCUGUCUUGGCUGCGGGAUAACGUCAGCGGAACUGUUAUGAUUGACGAGCUGAUGCCAUCGCUGAACGAGCAGGAUCCAGGUUCACUGAACCCACUUGCAAUCCAGCAGAAGCGACCGUUGAGUCGCGACGAGGUGGAGGAGCAGCAGCAGCAGGGGGAUGUGGGACUGGUGUGCAGCCGAGCGUGGAAGCAGGGCCUUUUGGACCGCGUGCCUGGCAGCCACUUCCUCACCCGCGCGUUUAAGAAAGAGCGGGUGUCGUUGGAGAGUAUUUCAGCUGGCGUGGACUCGAUUUGCAAUAAGGUGGAGGACGUUGAACGGCUGAUGGCGAAAAGCUACUCUGGGAGCAGCAGCAGCGGUAGCGGCGGCAGCGGCGGCAACGAUAGCAAUAGCAGCGGCAGCAGUCCGAGUGACCCAGACAGUCCGUGCAACCACUGGCCUGAGGCAUGCUGGCCUGUGCCUGGCAUGCCGUUUUCCCAGCUCUCGGACUUCGCCAAUCGCAAGUAUCUGGUGUUUGCAGCGGUGGAGGAGCAGCUCACCAACGCCAAGAUCCAUGUCAUUGAGGCGGCACGGGUCGCCAGAGAGACCAACCGCAUCCUCGUCCUACCCAAGGGGUCCCACAGCCAUCUGUCGCUGGGUCGAUCCAUGCCCAUGUGUGCCUACUGCGACUUGGCUCACCUCAACGGCACCGAGUGGGUCUCCCCCGAGUUCUUCCUCCUCCUCGCCCGCGCUGCUUUCGUCAGACCCACCGUCAGCUACCUCUGUGUUGACACUCCCGAGCUUGGUCGGCCCUGCUUUGGCACAACCGAGAUCGCAGGGAGUCUGGGAGCAGUGUUCACGCUGGCCAUGGGGCAUGUACCCACCGGGGGCAACACCAUUUGGCUGCACAUGCCUGCCCGCUUCGACCAGAUUCAGUCGCUGCUCAACGCCUGGAAGCACAGGGAUGUGGUGAUAUACGCCAAGAACACAUAUGAACGUUUCGAUCGGGAAACGGACGACAUGGCGCAUGUGUUGCUGCCGUAUGCCCGCGAGUGGCACCUCGCCGCCAAGCGCAUCGUGGCCCGCCUGCCCAAGCCGUUCAUUGGCGUGCACUACCGCUCCGAGUUCAUUGCCUUCAGAUUGGCAGGUGAGAACAGAACCGACAUCCCAGUCGAAGAGAGGCUGAAGAUUCUCAAGGAUCGCACCAGGUGGUGCACCAAAGAAGCUGCCCAGAAAAUAAAUAAAGUGAAAAAGAGGCACAACGCAUCGACCGUUUUCCUGGCAGCCGAUAUUCCGUACAAUCAGUCUGGUGUUACACCUCGGUCGGAGUCGUGGGAUGCGCUGAAAUGGGCUUUUGGAGAUAACAAUGUGUCGGACGUGCCUCACUAUUGGCUGUCCUGGUUGCGAGAGAAAGUCAAAGGGACGGUCAUGAUUGACGAGCUUAUGCCAUCGGCAAACAACCUCGACCCAGGUAUUGUGGCCAUUUUAGACAAGCUGAUUUGUGCGCGGUCAAGUAUCUUCCUUGCCGGCUCCAUAUCUUGUGGAGGUGGCCGGGGCUUUGAGAAAGAUAUAUUGCUUCACCGAGACGGCCUGAAAAAAAAGCUAGAUUUCGUUAGAUGGGCUGCUGGGGGGGAGAAACCCUUUUAG